AAGACACCCUUUCAAGACGUUUGUUUUCUAUUUAUAAAACCGCAGAAACUGUAAGUGUGGUCGAAAAGCCUCUCAUUAACUGUGUAUUCUUUAUGUGGGAUAUUGUUAACUUAAUUUACCGUUUAAAAGAAAUGCAGGAGACGAGGGCAAUGCUUACAAAAAAAAAACCAAAAGUUUUGUUACCUAAUGUUAAUCCUGCCUAG